GCCCCUGUGUCCUGAUAGUUGUGCGCACAAGGUGGAGUUUUCUGCUCCAUCACCAUCUACAAGGCGCAGUACCGAAGCUGUUGUCCUGAAGAGAGGAGGCUGUCAGCAACAGGAAGCAGCUGAACAACGGAAGCGUUUUUGCAUUUCGGAAUAAUUUCACUGCUGCUCUGAGUAGAGGAGGUGUCUAGGAACAUGCUGUCAACGCGCAGGUGAAACCCAUCUGCUAAUUGCACUCUACAAGUUCUUCGCUGCUACUACUUUCAAGUCCUCGUGAGGAUUUGUUUAGUUUUCUUUGGUUAAGGUUCACAGAGAUAGUUUUAAAAUCUUGAUAAAUGUCUCGCAAGAAGUCCGCCAAAGGUAAAGCCGUGACAAGCAGCCCGUCAGCGGGCAGCCCCGCCGGGAAAGGGGCCGGGAAGACCGUGAGGAGCAGCCCGGGAAUUGUUCAGAUGAACGGCGUGGUCCAUCCCAGCAGACCGUCCAUCAGCAACAGCAGCGAGUUCUACGACAUCGCUUUCAAGGUGAUGCUGGUUGGAGACUCCGGUGUGGGGAAAACAUGUCUUCUAGUUCGUUUUAAGGACGGCGCUUUCCUGGCUGGCAGCUUCAUCUCCACUGUGGGCAUUGACUUUAGGAAUAAAGUCCUGGACAUCUAUCACCACAUGAAUCCACCACAUGCAUUUCCUACGUUCAUUGAGCUGGUGAUGUCUGAAGAAGCAUGGCUGACUGAAAUCCAUGAAUACGCUCAACAGGAUGUGGUGCUCAUGCUGCUUGGAAACAAGGCUGAUGCCACUCAUGAGAGGGUGGUGAAGAGAGAAGAUGGUGAGAGGCUGGCAAAGGAGUUCGGAGUUCCCUUCAUGGAGACCAGCGCCAGGUCAGGUCUCAAUGUAGAGCUGGCCUUCAACGGUGUGGCGAAGGAGCUGAAGCACCGCUCUAUAAAGGAUCCCAUUGAGAAGUUUAAGCUCCAGGAGUAUGUAAACAAGGAGAUGAAGACCACCGGAUGCUGCAGGUCUUAAAGCCUGCCCUCAUCAUCCUCUGGAUCUGAGAGAGUGUGUGUUUAUGUGUGAGGAUCACUCGUGUUCGUACUCUAGGUUUUCCUAUCUGGCCUGAUCUGAGAUAAGAGUCGGCUCCAGUAAUAAAUCUUUUUGCCCUUCAUUUUUCUCCACUCUCAAAUCGCCCUCCAUCUGUUGUUCUGCACUCCUCUCACUGCCCUAUUCUGUUUUGUCGGUCCUGCUUUUCCUCAAUCAUCUCCAUCCUGCAGCUGUGAAAGUAGCCCCGUAGUGUGGUGUGCAAAAGAUAGAUAUAAACCCUGCACAACUCCAUUAUUAACAUAUUAAUGGACAUUUCCUGCCGUAGCUGCAUGACAUUUUGAACCCAGAAUCAGGCACCACCCUUUAGGUUUGAUUGUAAAGGGAUUUAAAACUGUUUACAAUAUACCUUUUGUAAUGCUAUUUAUUUCUCACAUCCAUUUAAAAUGUUACUAUGGUAUUUCUGGUUGAAUGUUCUCUUCUUGAAGAGCGUGUGGAUGAAUGUUAAUAUAAAAGAUGUAUUUUGAUGUGUGUUUGGUCCAUGAUCUAGUGUUAAUUUCAGUAAAUAAACAGGUUCCUUGGAGCCAGUUUAGCUCACCAGCAUAAACUCAAUCUAAGCAUUUCCAUGAUUCAGCUGUGGAUAUAGGGAAACAUGUCUUACUUUUAAUCAUGUAUAUUGCUAUUCUGUAUACAAAGAUAGGAUGUACAGAAGAGCAUCGUGAGCCACAAAGUAUUUUAUUAGAUUUGAAUUCAUGCUAGAUGCAAAAAUGAAAUAUACAGUAGUUUAAACAAGCAUUCAGAAACAAGGCAGUGCAUGGGUCAAAGAACCUUAAACAUGUUUGGUAUAUUUUCAAUAUUAGAGGAUCAAUGUUGAGUCUUGAAAAGCUCUAAUGCAACCUUUCUUCUAAAUUAAUAUUUAUGAUUUAGUUAUUAAAUUGUUUGAAUCAGGAUCUUACAAACACGAUGUGAAACAUUUUCUUUUCAUAACUGUGGAAAAUAGCACUUUAGAUCGUAGAUAAGAGUAUGUGUGCAAUUGUUGGGGGUAUAUUGGGGAAAUGAAGACUUACAGUAUUGUGUACGACACACAUGUGUAUAUUUCUCUUGUUUUAUUAGUAGUCAGUGUGCAAACAUUAGUAGGCAGCUUUUUUUCCAUUCAUGAAUAUAUAAAUGGGUAGAUAGUGCAAUGCUUUCUGAAAUGUCCGACAAGUACGUUUUCUUAUCAUCUGUUAACAGGAUUAAACUGUUCUUUGUAAAAGAAGCAUAGGCCUCUUUUUGUACAGCUUGCUUUGGUAGGUUUCACUUUAUGUCUAGAAACUGGUUAUCUCUGUUCAGUAUGUACUGCACUUUUUCAUAUUUCUUGAAUCUUGAUGUUCAGAGUAAUGUAUUAUUGGUUACACUACUUUUUAAUGUGCAACUUCUUCCCUGUAACUGAAAGUUAACUACAA